AUGCCUCGGUCACGGGAAACCGUUCAUUUUUUGCUCCCGCCGGCAGACGACUCUGCCGGCCGGGACCCUCUACCGGAACCCUUGCCUGGCGGCCCGUCGCCGACGGCUUGCCGGCCGCCAUCCGGCCCCAGCAGCGCCGCGCCGGUCGUUUCGCCACCCGUGGCCGCAUCGUCGCUACCGUCAGCGAAUUUCGCCGCUGUGCGACAUCGCAGGGUGUCUAUGGACCUUUCUAAGACUCCGUCGCCCAUGCAUGUGACGGGAGCUAGCCAGGCUCCCUUACUCGCGAGCGCCGAGGGAGCGAGGCUGAAGAGCAUGAAUCGCAUGACGGGCAACCGCAGCCGUGCAGUGCCGGCUCCCUUCCUAGCAAGCGCAGAGGGUGCACGACUGAAGAGCAUGAGUUGCACAACGGGCGGCCACAGCCGCACAGUGCCGGCUCCCUUACUCGCGAGCGCCGAGGGUGCACGGCUGAAGAGCAUGAAUCACACGACGGGCAACCGCAGCCGUGCAGUGCCGGCUCCCUUACUCGCAAGCGCAGAGGGAGCGCGACUGAAGAGCAUGAAUCGCACGACGGGCAACCGCAGCCGGGCGGUGCCGGUGCGAGGCAACGACCUCACCAUCUCUACACCCUCGUCCCGCCUCAAGCACGACCUGCGCCAUGUUCACUUUGACUCCAAGCACGACCUGCGCCAUGUUCACUUUGACUCCAAGCCUGUGCUGGGCGCGCUGCGAACAAAACUCGAGUCAGCAAAAGACAAAAUGGACGCAGAGCUUCGCUGCUUCUGCCUCGACAUAUUCCACCCGCUCUCCCCCCUCGCCCUCCUCCCCUCACACUCGCCUCUCCUCCUCCUCCCCGCUCACUCGCCCCCCUCGCCCUUUCCCCCCCAGUCCUCCGCCCAGUCCCCCCUCCCCUCGCCUAUGUGUCCCUCGGACUCCCCCUGUACCCCUGUCACGCCUGUGCCCAGCAUUGCAGACGAUUUUGGGCGGCAGAGUGAGUCCAUUGUGCAGGAGCUGAACGCUGCCAGACAAGCCAUGCCGCCCGGAAGCCCGCUGCGCCAGCUCAUCAUGAAGCUGCUUUUUGUCCUGACCCGUUGCACGAGAUUGCUACAGUUCCAGAAGGAAGGAGGCGGUGUGGGCGGCAGGCACAGUGAUGGGGGGGAUGGUGGAGAGAUAAGGGCUAACAGCACGGGGAAAGGAGGGGUUAGAGAAGAAGAAGAAAGAGGAGGAGAGGGAGGAGGAGGAGAAGGAGGAGGGAUGGGAGUUAGUAGUGACCCGGGUGGCACUGCUGAUGUCAGCACUGUUGGGGCAAGGCGAACAGGGGAUGUGGUAACUGCCAGACUGGUAACACCUGUAACACCUGGUGCAAGGAGCAGGAGGGCAGAGUUACAUGUGGUUACCAAGCAACCAGACGCACCCCUGGUUACCAGACUAUCCGACGGGCAAAUCCCAGUGGUCUUGGAAAAGGUGAGGCCUAGGCGAGUGGUGUUUGGAAGCGACUCACGGUGGGAGGAGGCUUUAAACCUGCAUCGGAGUGGUAAUAACGAGGAUGAGAGCAGGCAGAGUGGGAGUAAGAGGAGCAGUGCCGUUUGGAGUGGUUUGCCGGAGUUAGGAGGGUGGAGUGAUAGAUAUGAGGAGCAACAUCAACUGCAGAAGGAUGGGGAAUUGAAUGAGGCAGCAGCCGGGAGAGGAGGAGAAGUAGCAGAGGAGGGGAAAGUUAGCAUUGUUAGCAAGGGCCAAGAGGGAGAGCAGCAGCAGGAGCAGCAGCAACCGAGACCCUCGUUACGUUCCGUCCGCUCGCGGUCCAGUUUCCACAGUCCUGAGCACAGACGAGUAGCUCUAGCUGCUGCCGCUGCUGCUGGUGCCGCUUCUGCUGCUGCUGGUGCGACUGGUGCUGCUGCUUCUGUUGCUGCUGGUACUGGUGCAGCUAUUGACGCUUCUGAUGGUGAUGCUGACGUGGUUGAUCGAGCCGCAGCAGCACUGGCAGCAGCCAUUGCAGCAACAGCAAAAACAGCCGGAGCAGGAGCAGGAGCAGGAGCAGGUGCAGCUGAGCUUGCAGCAUCAGCAGGAGCUGUGGGCCAAUCAGGGAGGAGAACCCCAACGCACACAGACGGCAGCAGCAGCACCAGCAGCAGGUCUCAAGGGAGGCUUGACCACGUGCUCUCACUCUCACUACCCUCCCUCUCCUCACUGCCCACGCUCUCCUCACUCCCCUCCCUCUCCGCUCUGCCCCUGCUGCGCCCCCCUCGACCGCCUGAUGGGAGUGGCAGGGGGCAAGUGGGAGCACAGGAGGCGAUGCGUAGUAGCGACGACAGGCUGUCGCCAGCUGACGUGUCGCCAGCUGGCGCGGUGCCAGCUGGGUUGGGUGAACAGCCCCUUGGGAUUGGGAUUGUUGACCUGUUGACCUCUGGGUUGACUGGGUCAGCUCAGGGGUUGACUGGGUCAGCUCAGGGGCUGACUGACAGGCUUUCACCACCAGGUGUAACGAGCGAAUCGUGGCUCGAUUCCACUCGAAGCUUCCAGGAGAUGUCUCAGGUGAAUCAGCAGGUUCAGGUGAACCAGCAUGUGCAGGUGGAGCGCAGUCGAAGCAGCGAGAAACUGCCACCAUCUGGCAGGAGGUUACAGCACUGGGGAGGAUCCUUCCAGGAAGGUGCCAGUGCUAGAGCUGCUUUGUCUGCCAAUAUCCUGAGUGGUGGUGCGGGUAUUGCUGCAGACCUUGCUGCAUGGGACCUGCUGCUGCUGCAGAGGAAGGGGAAGGAGCAGCAGCGGGAAGGGGAGUGGGAGGGGGAGAGGGAGGAGCAGUGGGACCAGCAGAAACGGGAAGAGGCGGAAGUCGCAGGGUCUAUAAUGCCGGGUUUUGCUGCCGUGCCUGCUGCUACUCCUCCUGCUGUUGCCGGUGCUGCUGCUGCUGCUGCUGCUGCUGCUGCUGCUGCUGUUACUCCUGUUGCUGUUACACGUACUGCCACGAUUGCUGCCACGCCUGCUGCUGCCCCUGCCCCUGCCACUGCUGGCCCUGACAGGGCCCGCACGCCCCCUCUGAUCCGCGCUGGCAGCUGGAAGCGGGGCAGCGGCCGUGUGUCCACAUGGGGAGGGACAGGAGCCUCAGUAGUAGCAGCAGCAGGAACAGGAGGAGCAUGGGGAGGGGCGGCAGCAGGGGAGGUGAGCCCGGGUCCGAGGAGGCUGACAGCGUCACUGAGUGGGCGACUGGGGGAGGUGCUACUGGCUGUGGAGCAGCAGGCUCAGCGGUUCUCCUGCUCUCCCGGCACCCUGGGACUCGCCCAGGGGGGUGUGGGCGGCCUUGAUGGCGUGCCGACUGUUCUGCCGACAGGUGCUGUAGCAGCGCUAGUUCACGGUGAGUCAAGUAUCUCUCCUCAGGGGAAGGCUGUGGGGGGUAGUGUGGUCGCCUCGCGACCUCCAAAUUCUCCUCAGAGCGUGAAAGAUGUGCAAGAGAGUGUAGAGCUGAAAGGUUCGCUCAUGGAUGGGGGGCUUGAAGAGGGUGGAAUGGAGGGAAGAGCAGAGGGCAAGGAUGUGACUGAUGGUGUGGUGGAAGAGAGGGUGGAGGAGAAAGGGUGGCAGGCGAGAGGGUACGCGAGGGACCACGAGAGUGAGCAGGAGAGGGGUGCAGUGCGGCAAGGCGUGCAUGGCAAGUCAGGGUUAGGAUUAGGUUCAAGAGAGGUGGUACGAGAGAGCGGAGUGGGGACGUUGACAGAGGCAGAGAGAGAGGGUGCAAUAGCGAGCAGAGGGGAAAGAGUAGGGGAUUCAUUGGUGGAAGGGAAAGGUGUGAUUGGGGUGGUAGGAGCAGGAGACGUGCGAGAGGAUGCGUCUUUGGAAAGAGGAGCUGUGGUGAUGGGGCAUGAUGGCUCUGUUGGAAAACCACCUGAGGUGGCACCUGGCAAGACACCUGAAGUGGCACUUGAAGUGGCACCUGAGGUUUCACCUGAGGGAGCGCCUGAGGGUGGUUCCCUUUCAUGUCCUCCGGAGGAGAUCCUUCACCUGCCGAUGGUUCGGAUGAGUCGAGGCUGUGACCUUACCACCCCGUUUCAUGCUCUGCUUCCCCUUGGUCAUGCUCCCUUUGCUGCUGUUCUGUCAAGCCACUCGGAUGCUGCUGUACCAAGCAGUGGUGGUGGGCUUGGCAGCACCUGGGACGGUGCUGCUGGUGAACUGGCAGCAGUGGGGGAAGGGAAAUGGAGGAUAGGAGAGCUGAGGGAGGAGCAGGAAGGGCAGGUGAAGGAAGGACAGGUGGAGCAAGGGCCGGUGAAAGAAGUGCAGGUGGAGCAAGAGCAGGUGGAGCAAGAGGCGAUGGGUGGUGAGACUGGGAGAGAGGCACUGUUGCAAGCGGCGGUUGCAGACGAGGGGAAGGGGGUGGUGGGAGUCCACGAGGAGGGGGAGGGGAAGGGGAAGGGGAAAGGGGAGGUGGAGGUGGAGGGGAUGAUGGUUGAAGAAGAGGCGGCUGAGGCCGUUGAAAAGUAUGCAGACACGGCGAAUAGAUCCAGCGAGUGGGAGAAGCAGCAGCAGCAGCAGCAGCAGCUGCAACAGCCGCCACCCCCGCGACAGCAGCAGGCGGCAGGAGCAGUGGGGGCGGGUGGAGUAGUGGGAUCGCGAGGAGCAGCAGGAGCAGCAGGAGCAGCAGGAGCGGCGAGUGCAGGCGUGAAUGAGAGUGUGUUAUUGGAGAUAGUAAAGGAGAGGCUUAAGCUUGAGAGGACCAGCUCGGGUAAGCUGCUACCGUACAGGUACGGCUUCUGGGGGCGGUGUGAUAGUGCUGGGCGGCAGGAUAGCAUCCUGCGUCAGAAUAGUGUUGGGCGGCAGGAUAGCAUUGGGCGGCAGGACAGUGUCGGGCGGCAGGACAGUGUCGGGCGGCAGGAGGAUUGGAAAGCCAUAGUAGAGGAGUUGAAGGGCCGGCAAGAGACAGAUGACAUGUAUGGGGGAGAAGGGGAAAACCUACUAGGGAUGCGAGCAGAUGCAGGAGGCACGGAAAUAGCGUCAGGAUCUGCGAUGGGGGAAGGCAUAGGAGCACAUGGAGAGGCAGGGGAAGGGGCAGGGAUGGGAGCGGGAGCAGGGGCUGCGGCAGGGACAGGGGCCGGGGCGGGUGCAGGGGCGGGGGCGGGGGCGAUGGCAGGAGCAAGGGCAGGGGGCGGGGCGGGCACGGGGGUAGAGAGGGGAAGGGUGAGCAGAGGCGCAUCAGCAAAGGAGAAUUCGGAGGAGGAGGAAGCAGUGGUGAUGUGCCGGAUAUGCGAGGAGGAGGUUCCACUGCGGGACCUGCAGGAGCACUCGUGCCUCUGUGCCCUGGCCAACCGGUGCGACGACACGCGGUUACCGCUGGAUGAGCGGUUACAUAGGCUUGGGGUGGGGUUGGAUGCGGUGGUGGCAGAGCUGUCUGUGCGGCUUGAGGCGGCUUUUGCAUCUGAUGCUGCUGCUGCCGCUGCUAAUGUCUCUGCUGCUGCUGCAGCUGCUGCUGCUAAUGCUCCUCUUGCUGCUCCUGCUAUUACUGCUGGUGGUGAUGGUGGUGAUGCUGCUGCUACUGGUGAUGGAGGUGGUGCUGCUUUGGAGUCCACCCCCCAUGGCAUGAAGCCAGCUCAAAGCGACUGGGACUUUGCUGCUCAAGUGGAGCACAGAGAGAAAGAGGAGAACACAGAGAAGGAUGAGAAGGCACCUGGGUCUAUCAAGCUGAGUGUUGAGACGCAUCAGAGAUCCCUUGGUUCCCAUGAGUUGUUAGAGGAGCAGCCAGAGAAUGCAUUGCAAGAGGGGCCUGAGAGACAGGAGCAGCUGGGGAAGGGAUCGAAGGAGCAGGAGCUUUCAGAGGAGAAGAAACAGCGGCAUCACUUAGUCCAGAAGGCAUCAGAGGAACAGCAGUGUUUCGCCGAGGAAAGCUCGCAUUCUGCGCAGCAGCAGGAGCAGCAGCAGCUGAUGUCAGAGCAGGCAAAGCAGCAGCAAGCAGCAGCCACCCAUCCAUCAUUACUGCCGCCACCAUCAGCAUCGCCACCACAUGUUGAUCAAUUGCAGAGACAACCACCACAUCACCAUCCGCAGCAGCAGCAGCAGCAGCAGCGGUCGCCCCUGUCAGUGCGCACCUCCCAGGCACACGGCAGCCCAUGGAAGCUGGACCUCGUGCCCCUCAUGAAACGCGCUGGCCUCUCCCUCUCCGCCUCCUCCUCCCCCACCCUCUCCCCCGCCACACGAACCGCCCUGUCCAACUCCUCCUCCCCGCUCCUCUCCCCUGCCGCCAAGCGAACAGGGCUAUCCAACCCCUCGUCCCCCAGCCUCUCCUCUGCUGCCAAGCGACUGGGUGGUCUUGCCAGUGCGUCCUUUCCCAGCCUCUCCCCUGCUGCCAAGCAACAUGCUCUCUCCAACUCCCUUCCUGUGCUUUCCCAGGCCGAACGCACGGUCAACGUCAGUCAACGCCAGUCAACGCCCAUGGGGCAGCAUGAGCAGCACGGGCGGGAGGCAGAGCAGCAGCUUGCCCGGGGGGGAGUCUUUGACAAGGAGAGGGGGCAGUGUGGGGGGCGACAUGGAGCUGUUGGGAGCAGUCACCUUGGGAGGCGACAUAAAGCUGCUGGGAGCGGAGCAGGUGCGGCUGUGGAGGAGAUUAACGUGGAGAUCAAUGUGCUGAACGAUCUGGCGGACAUAGCAGAGGAUGUGGGGGAGCUGAACGAUCUGGCAGACAUAGCGGAGGACGUGGGGGAGGUGCAGGUGGGGCAGGCGGACGCCCUCGCGCUGCUCUCCACCGACAUCCACGACCUCUCCGCCCUCCUGCGCUCCUACACUGAUGACACGCUGCUGCCUCUCACACCCUCCCUUCACUCUUCCUCUUCCCCGUGCUCACCCUAUCUCCUGAACGACCUAGCAGACAUAGCGGAGGACGUGGGGGAGGUGCAGGUGGGGCAGGCGGACGCGCUCGCGCUGCUCUCCACCGACAUCCACGACCUCUCCGCCCUCCUGCGCUCGCAUGCUGCGCGCUUUCCUUGCGUGCAGAUCUUCGGGCUGCGCAUCGCCAUCUUGUUGCAAGAGAAGUACCAACGCAUGUUGCAGCUUAGGUCCUAUCAAAGCGGGUCCAAAGCAGCAGCAGCUUCCCCCACCAGCAACCCCAGCGCCACAGGGGGGGCGUUCGCUCUCCCCCACUCACUGGGGAGCAUUGGCGGUGGGGGGAGCAGGGGAGGGGGUGGCGGAGGCGGAGGGGGAAUGGGAGAGAAGGAGCAGCGCACAACAAUUGAUGACUUUGAGAUCAUCAAGCCUAUCAGCAAGGGCGCGUAUGGGAGGGUGUUCCUGGCUCAGAAGCGGACGACAGGAGACCUGUUUGCUAUCAAGGUGCUCCGGAAAGCGGACAUGAUUCGGAAGAACGCAGUGGAGAGCGUGCAGGCGGAGCGCAACAUCCUCGCUUCCGCCAGGAGCCCGUUUGUGGUGCGCUGCUUCUACUCGUUCACGUGUCGGGAGAACCUCUACAUGGUGAUGGAGUAUCUCGAUGGCGGCGACCUCUUCUCCCUGCUGCGCGCCUGCGAGGCACUCGAAGAAUCCACCGCCUGCUUCUACACUGCUGAGCUGUGUCUGGAUGGGGGCGACCUCUUCUCGCUGCUGCACGCCUGCGAGGCGCUAGAGGAGUCCACUGCUUGCUUCUACACCGCCGAGCUGGUGCGUGCUCACUGGGAUGCAAGCAUUGGGUUGGAGUAUCUGCACUCCCUGUGGGAGCCUCUAAUGGCUUCACUCCGUGGGCUGGGGGUGGUGCAUCGGGACAUCAAGCCGGACAACCUGCUCAUAGCACAUGAUGGGCAUAUCAAGGUGAGAUGGGUGAGGCAAGCUUCAACCGCAUUCAUUCAGCGUCAGCUCCGAAGGAGCAGCUCCCGACUUGCCUCUCUUGCCCCACUUACUGAGACUUUCAUCUCCACUCUCUCUUCCCCCCCUUCCCUUCUCCACUCUCUCUUCCCCCCCUUCCCUUCUCCACUCUCUCUUCCCCCCCUUCCCUUCUCCACUCUCUCUUCCCCCCCUUCCCUUCUCCACUCUCUCUUCCCCCCCUUCCCUUCUCCACUCUCUCUUCCCCCCCUUCCCUUCUCCACUCUCUCUUCCCCCCCUUCCCUUCUCCACUCUCUCUUCCCCCCCUUCCCUUCUCCACUCUCUAUUCCCCCCCCUUCCCUUCUCCACUCUCUCUUCCCCCCCUUCCCUUCUCCACUCUCUCUUCCCCCCCUUCCCUUCUCCACUCUCUCUUCCCCCCCUUCCCUUCUCCACUCUCUCUUCCCCCCCUUCCCUUCUCCACUCUCUCUUCCCCCCUUUCCCUUCUCCACUCUCUCUUCCCCCCCUUCCCCCGCUCCCCACGCACAGGCAAGCUUUUCCCGCAUUCAUUCAGCGUCAGUUCUGAAGGAGCAGCAGCAGACUCACCACUCUGGACCGCAUCCAGCCUGCAGGAAUUCCCCUCGCCCCGCUCCGGCCCUCCCUCCACUCUCUCUGGUCAACACUCCAACCCUGCCUCUGGAUACUCCUCUCCCAUGCAUGCACCCGGAUAUGCCUCCCCCCUGCAUGCUUCUGCCUGCUCUUCCCCUCUGCAUCCUUCCGGGUGCAACUGCUGCUACAGCUGCUGCUGGUGCCGCGACAGGUGGUUCUGGGGUAGGAGAGAGCAGGGGAGCAGCAGCAGAGGGAGGAGGGAGAGUGGCAGUGGAGGCAGUGGGAACGCCUGACUACUUGGCUCCAGAGAUUCUGCUCGGCCUUCCACACGGUGCGCAUGUGGUGACUUUUGAGUCGACUCAAAAGUCACCUAGAUUCUGCUCGGCCUUCCACACGGUGCGCAUGUGGCCCGGCAGCGGACCAGUGGUCAGUGGGAGUGCUGCUGUACGAGCUGCUGGUGGGGAUCCUGCCUUGUUUGGAGGAGAUCGAUCGCUGUUCCACUUGCGUCUGUCCGUGCUGCGCCCAGCAGCGGACUGGUGGUCAGUGGGAGUGCUGCUGUGUGAGCUGCUGGUGGGAAUUCCGCCCUUCAACGCCCCCUCUCCUCAGCAAAUCUUUGACAACAUAUUGAACCGCGACAUCACAUGGCCGGCUGUGCCAGGAGACAUGUCAUACGAGGCGAAAGACCUUAUAGACAGGCUUCUCACUUUCGACCCGGAUGAGCGUCUAGGCGCCCAGGGAGCAGACGAGAUCAAGAGGCAUCCCUUCUUUCGCGACAUUGACUGGGACACCCUCUCCUCUGAAAAGCCCCCUUUCAUUCCCGAGCCGGAGAACGCCCACGACACGAGCUACUUUGCAUGCCGCUACGGGGCAAACGCACUGGAAGGAGGGGAGGGCGUGGUGGGAGGGGCGGGGGGAGAUGCGCGCAGCAGCAACUACAGCAGCAGUGGCGGCAGCACGAGUGAUUCAGAGGACCUGGAGAUGGAAAGGGUGAGGGGGCAUCUGGGGGGAUGGGUUGGGCAUACUCAAGGCACCAACGCAUCUGCUAACGCAAACCCCAUGACCCGAUCCCUUUCCUGUGCGUUGGCCUCCUCUCCCACCCACCUCUCCCCUCUCACACCCCUCCUCCUUUCCCUCCACCGUCUCUCCCUGCUCCCCUCCUUCAUCCCCUCAGUCCUCUCUCAUCCCUUACACCCCCCCCUGCUCCCCCCUGGCAUGUCUCUCCCCCAUCAGCACAAUGAGGCAGGUGACAUGCCAGCGUUCCAAUCCAACUUCUUUCUCACCCCUCCGACCCGUUCCACUCUCCUCUCUCACCCCUCCCACCUGUUCCACUCUCCUCUCUCACCCCUCCCACCCGUUCCACUCUCCUCUCUCACCCCUCCUGCCCCUCCCUCCCCUCCCCCAUCAGCAUGA